CGUGACCACCCUAGAAACCGUCUAACAUGGCGGCGCCCGUCUCGCCGCCGCUGCUAGUGGAAGAGGGGGCAGCAAAACUCAGCCACAAAAAGUUCAGAGCACUUUUAAAGAAAGAGAAACGGAAGAAAAAGAGACAAGCACUAGCAAGACUGAGAGAUUCAGAGAAAGCAGAUAAAGAUGAACAGGUUUCUGAAGAAAAAGAUAAUCAGAUUUCUGAAGAAGAGCUGGAAGAAGAAGAAAAACAACUUGAAGAAGAAAGGCAAAGGCUUCAUGAGGAGUGGUUGCUGAGAGAAGAAAGGGCUCAAGCAGCUUUCAAGAUCAGGAAAGAAAAAGAAGAGGCAGCAAGAAAACGUCAAGAAGAGGAAGAGCAAAAAAUAAAAGAAGAAUGGGAGGAACAGCAAAAGAAAGAACAAGAGGAGGAGGACCGGAAACAACAAGUGAAGAGAGAGAGAGAGGAGGCUGUGCAGAAGAUGUUGGACCAGGCUGAAAGUCAGCUUGAAAAUGGAACUACCUGGCACAAUCCUGAGCCCCCAGAGAAUAUAGGAACAGAAAAGGAUCGAGCAAAUUGCCCAUUCUAUAUUAAAACUGGAGCUUGCAGGUUUGGAGACAGAUGUUCUCGGAAGCAUAAUUAUCCAAGCUCUAGUCAGACACUCCUCAUCAGGGGUAUGUUUGUUACUUUUGGAAUGGAACAGUGUAAAAGAGAUGAUUAUGAUACAGAUGCAAGCCUGGAGUACAGUGAAGAAGAAAUCUAUCAACAGUUCCUAGAUUUCUAUGACGAUGUACUUCCUGAAUUUAAGAAUGUGGGAAAAGUUAUUCAGUUCAAGGUCAGCUGCAACUUUGAACCUCACCUUCGAGGAAAUGUGUAUGUUCAGUACCAGUCAGAACAAGAAUGUCAGGAAGCUCUUGCUUUAUUCAAUGGUCGAUGGUAUGCAGGGCGGCAACUUCAAUGUGAAUUUUGCCCAGUAACAAGGUGGAAAACGGCGAUUUGUGGCUUGUUUGAAAGGCAAAAAUGUCCAAGAGGGAAGCAUUGCAAUUUUCUUCAUGUAUUCAGAAAUCCAAACAAUGAGUUCUGGGAGGCCAACAGAGAUAUUCACAUUUCCCCUGAAUGGACUAAAGAGGCAGGUAAAAACUCUGAAAGGAGAAACAGAUUGGGCUACUAUGAAGAACAUUACAGCCGGUCAAGGAGAAGAAGCAGCCCAAGUCCAGAUCAUGCUUACAAAAAAAGAAAUGGAGAAUCUGAGAGGAAAAAGAGUCAUCACAAACAUAAGAAAAGGCAUCUUCCUGAGAGGUCAGGAAGUCAUGAAAGGCGACGGUCGCACAGUAAAAAGAAAAGAGGGCGGAGUCGCAACAGGAGCUUGACACGUAGCCGUAGCAGAAGUUCCUCUCAGUCAAGAAGCCGAGGCAGAAAGAGGUCCAGUAGCAGAGGAAGAAAUAGUUGAAUUUAUUGUUGGAGAAUGACUUUCAGAAGCUUGUGUAUAAAACCCAAAAUGAACUAGUUCUGCCGGAACUGUUGCAUACUAGAGACCCUGUGGUGUACUACUAUGGUCCAGAAAUAAAGUUGUUGCGCACUGGCCUGCCUUAA